UGAACGUUAUUUCUACGCUUCAAUGGCUGUCCUGCAGACACAUCGAGGAUCUGUAAUCCACGCGUGGAAGAAUGAUUGAUCUCAUGCUGCAUGCACAGAUGUUUUGACUGCAUGUUUGAUUAAGAUAAAGACUGCAUUUAUUCUCUAAUGCCGGGAAUUAUUUCCAGCUUUAAUCGAGCUCAAACAAGAUAACCUCCAGCUCCAGGAGACUGCUUGACAGCUCUUAAGUACAUAUUGUUUAUUUAUAUGUAUAUAUACAUAUAUAUAUCUUUAUCUAAAACCUAAAUCAUUUACCGCGGAGCAACAUUUAGUCUGUUUGUUCUAAUAAUAAUAAUCAUUGCAAGUUUUAAACGCGUCUCGGACAGCGCGUGCUCUUUAAACAGAAUCCGGAUCGACGCCGCUUCGCUAAACCCCAGAAGCAGAAUCUAGAUUGAACUUUUAUUUUGUUCAACAUUUCAGUCUCCAAUGCACACAGCGGCUGUUUGGGAGUGAAACUCUCCCACACGGAAGUGACUUACACACGUUAGGCCAGUGAUCGUGUGUGCAUUUCUAAAGUGCAGUUGUAUUAACUUAGUUGCGUCUGUUGCAUUGGUUAAUAAAAUGAUUCCCGACAAGGCUCCAGGCGAGGAUGUGUUACAUGCUUCAGGAGACUUGAAGAAGCAAGCCCACAUCGCCAGCUUUGAGAAAUACAAGGAGCUCUACAUCAGAUCUGUCGAGUCUCCUGACGAGUUCUGGCGAGAUGUUGCCAAAGAUUUUUUCUGGAAGACAAAAUACACCGGGAAGUUUCUGGACUACAAUUUCGACGUAACCAAGGGUGAAAUUUUUGUGAAAUGCAUGGAAGGAGCCACAACUAACAUCUGCUAUAAUGUUUUGGACCGCAACAUCUGUGAGAGGAAACUGGGUGACAAAGUGGCUUUUUACUGGGAGGGUAAUGAACCUGGAGAUGAGAAGACGGUGACAUACAGAGAACUGCUUCAGCAAGUCUGCAAGUUUGCCAAUGUUCUCAAGUCGCAAGGCGUGAAGAAAGGUGACCGUGUAUCUAUUUACAUGCCCAUGGUGGUGGAGCUGGUGGUGGCCAUGUUGGCCUGCGCUCGGAUUGGAGCGGUCCACUCUAUAGUGUUUGCCGGUUUCUCCGCUGAGUCUUUGUGUGAAAGGAUCAUGGACUCUCAAUGCUGUAUUCUUAUAACAGCAGAUGGCUUUUACCGCGGUGAUAAGCUGAUCAGUCUGAAGCUUAUAGCUGACGAGGCACUACAGAAAUGCAGGGACAAGUCUUUCACAGUGGACAAAUGUAUAAUGCUCAAACACCUCACAAAAGAAGAUGAGGUUUCGUCUGGGUCCCUGUCGCCCCCAGCGAAACGCACCUGCCCUGAUCUGCAGCAGGAGAAACAGAAAGAUAGAGUAAGGAAGGUCCGUCCGUCCCCACAGGUGCCGUGGAAUCCUGAGGUUGAUUUGUGUUGGCACUCUCUGAUUGGUGGAGCAUCAGAGGAGUGUGAACCUGUCUGGUGUGACUCAGAAGACCCGCUCUUCAUCCUCUACACCAGCGGCUCUACUGGGAAACCUAAGGGUGUGUUGCAUACAGUGAGUGGCUACAUGCUCUACACUGCGGCCACCUUUAAGCUGGUGUUUGAUUAUCACUUUGAUGACGUGUACUGGUGCACAGCGGACAUCGGCUGGAUCACCGGUCACUCAUACAUCACAUAUGGACCGUUGGCCAAUGGUGCGACCAGUGUGUUGUUUGAGGGUCUUCCCACAUACCCGGAUGUGAGCCGAAUGUGGGAGAUUGUAGAUAAAUAUCAAAUCUCCAAGUUCUACACAGCACCCACGGCCAUCCGGCUCCUGAUGAAGUACGGCAGCGAGCCCGUUCAGAAGUAUAAACGGACCUCGCUAAAGAUUUUGGGGACCGUAGGGGAGCCCAUAAACCCAGAAGCUUGGCAGUGGUACUACAGCGUGGUGGGAGAGAAGAGAUGUCCGGUGGUGGACACCUUCUGGCAGACUGAGACGGGUGGGCAUGUGAUGACCCCUCUACCUGCCGCUACUCCCAUGAAGCCUGGCUCUGCUACAUUUCCCUUUUUUGGGGUUGUACCUGCUAUUCUGAACGAGUCAGGCGAAGAACUUGAAGGACCCAGUGAAGGCUAUCUGGUGUUUAAACAGCCCUGGCCAGGUGUGAUGAGAACUGUGUAUGGGAACCACGUAAGGUUCGAAACCACCUACUUCAAGAAAUUCCCUGGAUACUACGUGACUGGAGAUGGCUGUCGAAGAGAUAAGGACGGUUACUACUGGAUCACCGGAAGGAUAGAUGACAUGCUGAAUGUGUCUGGGCACUUGCUGAGCACUGCAGAGGUGGAGUCUGCUCUGGUGGAGCAUGAAGCUGUGGCUGAGGCAGCGGUUGUGGGGCGGCCACACCCUGUUAAAGGCGAGAGUCUCUACUGUUUUGUCACUCUCAAUGACGGAAUCAACUACAACCAAAAGCUGGAAGGGGAGCUUAAAAAGCAAGUGAGAGAGAAGAUUGGUGCCAUAGCUACACCUGACUACAUUCAGAAUGCACCCAGCCUUCCAAAAACCAGAUCAGGUAAGAUUAUGCGUCGUGUUUUGCGGAAGGUCGCUUGUAAUGAGCGGGAUUUGGGUGAUGUGUCUACGUUAGCAGACAGCUCUGUCAUUGAACACCUGUUCGAGAGCCGCUGCUGUACUGCUGUGUGAGCACCAGGGGCAUCCAUCACCCCACCACCCUCUG